CCGGGAGCCAGCUCGGCGAGGGCGCCCGCCACGCCGAUGCAGAACCGCGCGGACACGCCACCUCCUCGGACCCCAGGGGGCCUGGGCAUGGGUGGGGCCUACUGCCCUCCAGUGCCCCCGUGGGGUGCUACCACGCCGCCACCGUUCCCGGAGGCGCCGCCGCCGCCGCCAGCCACGCCCAGGGUCAGUGCGAAGAUGCAGGCGGCAGCGGGCCAGCCUCUUGCCAAAUCGCCUAAGGCGGGCAAUGGCGGCCAGCUACAGUGGGUGAUGAAGUGCGUGCCGUCAGGGCCUCUUCUGGGCAAGCUCGCGCUGGCCGCCAUGCUGCUGAGCAUCCUCCCCGCCAGCCUUUUCCCCAACGCCGCCAGGGGCCUCAUCGUCAUGACGGACGCGGCGGAGGAGGUGGGAUCUGCGGCGGGAAGGAUCGGGACGGCAGGAGCGAAUGUGAGCACGAGCGCAGCGAAGCUCGUGUCGGCAGUGACGGAUGGAUCGAUCGGCCUGGUCGAGGCGGCUUGGCGCGGCGUCGACCUGCUGGACGUUCAGGUGCUGGGCAGCACCGGCAGGUUCUUCGUCGAGGAUGAAGACGACCUGGCCCGCCUUCCUCCAGGAGCCGGAGGUCCAGCAGGUACUGCAGCUCGAGCCGGAGUUUUCCGAUGAACUGGAGCGCCUUUUGCUCCUCUCUUCGGCCACUCGGCCGAGAGGCGAAUUCACGCACAGUGCUUUCCGUUUUUCUAAGAGUUACCAGUCCGUGAGUUUUUGGGUCCGCUGGCUUCCCAGCGGCCACGUCGGGAUCGCCUGGGGGUGGUCACGAUCCGCUUUCAUCCGCAGUGGGCGAACCCAGCGUGGGGGUUGCUCGGCAUGGAUGAGACCGCCGAGGCGCCAGCCAUGGCCGAGCAGCUCAAGGUUUUAGCGGGUUCGUCCUUUCCCGCGCCUGAGCUCGAUCUCGGCCCCGAGAUGCUCCGUGGCACUCCCGCGCUCCCUGGAGGGUCCACUCGCGGGCUCGUCCGACGUGUGCGCCGCGCAGUGGCGCGGGUCCUUCAGUUUCUUUUCCCUUUCAGAAGGCGCGAGCAGCCGCGCCUCCUGGAGCCAGACCGCGCAGCGAAUACGGGCGACGGGUACUCUGGAAAUGGCUCUGGCCUGGUUUCGGCUGGAG